UGCUCCCAGCUUCGCUAAGCUUGCUGGUAAAUCCUGCCAUUAGUGGUAAGCAAUUGAGUAGAUUAAGCAGCGUCGCGGGUGCCGGUUGGGGAGCUCGGAGAGGUGGGGGGGACCGGAUGGAGGUGGGGCUGGUGACGAGGUACUGGGGCGUGGGCGGGCGGCUGUGCGGGGCGUGCGGGGGCUCGCCGGCGGCGGUGCACUGCCGGACGUGCCCCGGCGGCGCGUACCUGUGCGCGGGGUGCGACGCGGGGCACGCGCCGGCGGGGCACGAGAGGGUCUGGGUCUGCGAGGUGUGCGAGCGCGCGCCGGCCGCGGUCACGUGCCGGGCCGACGCGGCGGCGCUCUGCGCCGCGUGCGAUGCCGACAUCCACGACGCCAACCCGCUGGCGCGCCGGCACGAGCGCGUGCCCGUGCAGCCCAUCGGGGCGGCCGCGCCUGCGGACCCGCUGCUGUUCGCGGACGUCAUGGACCCGUUCCUCGGCCAGGACUUCGCGAGGUUCCCGCACGCCGACAGCGUCGUGCCUAACAACGGAUCAAGCGGCCGCGCGCUGGACCUUGACUUCGGUGGCGCCGCCGCCGCAGCCGUCGUUGCCAAGCCGUCCUACAGCUCCUACACGGCGGCGUCGCUUGGCCACAGCGGCUCGUCAUCGGAGGUCGGCCUGGUCCCGGACGCGAUCUGCGGCCGCGGCGGGAGCGUGACCGGCGGCGUGAUCGAGCUCGACUUCGCGCAGUCCAAGGCGGCCUACCUGCCGUACGUCGCCACUCCUACCCACAGUGUGUCGUCUUUGGACGCGGGGGCGGUGCCGGAUCGCAGCGACGGCGGCGUCAUGGCCGGCAGGGUCGCCGCGACGGCGCCGGCGGCCGCGGAGAGCCGGGAGGCGCGGCUGAUGCGGUACCGCGAGAAGCGCAAGAAUCGGCGGUUCGAGAAGACGAUCCGCUACGCGUCCCGCAAGGCUUACGCUGAGUCGCGGCCGCGCGUCAAGGGCCGCUUCGCCAAGCGCGCCGAAGACAACGACGCCGACGCCGACGCCGAGGCGGCCGGCUUCCCCAGAGAGGCCGCCGCCGCGGCGCCGCCGAAGCAGCCGCAGCCCGCCGCCUACCACCCCUACGUGCUCGACUUCGCCGCCGGCUACGGCGUCGUGCCCACCUUCUGAUCGACGCGCCGCCGCGUGAUUGCCGCGCCGCGUGCCACGUUUUUUAGACGGCCGGUCGAUCCGCGCCGGCGUAGCGCGCGCGUUGUGUCCGACGUGCGUGCCGUCGUGCUGCAUGCGCGCGUGUUUGCUGGAACGGCGAGUUCUAGUUGGCGAUCGGCUGGCCUUGUCAAAUUAAUUAGCAGGCUAGCGCGUGCUUCCUACUACGUGUUUGCUGGAACGGCAAGUUUCCAGUUCUGUAAUUUUGGAUCGGCAAGGGAAGAUGCUUAGCAUCUGACGGUCUCUUUGAAUGAUUCGCCAUGCUAUAUUUGGAAAGCCAUGGAUCUCCCUUGCAAGGUUGCAUGCAUGUGCUAUGCUACAUCCGUUUUGAGUAAUGGAAAUGGAGCUUGCCUCGUGUCGGGAAAAAAAA